CAUACGAACUGUCAUAUUCAGCUGAAGCUGUGUGAAAAUUUUAUUACUUAGCUAAUUUUAUUCUAAGCUUUAAUUAUAUUUACAAACUGAUAGUUGUAAAAGUGUAAAAAGGCAUAAUAAUGUCAGAGAUAUCUUGGCCUUGGCAGUACAACUUUCCUCCCUUUUUUACGAUUCAACCACACUCGGAGACCAGAGCUAAACAGCUCGAAGCAUGGCAGCACCUCAUAGCGGACUACCUCAAAACUACAAAACAAUCCACCAUAGACAUAAGAGAAGCCCAGAACAGUCCACUGUUUAACAAUCAAUCUAUCAACCGGAAACUGUCGCAGGAGUCCAUUUUAGUUGUCCUAGAGUAUAUGGGGAAGAUGGGGCAAGCCGCGCCGCUGGAUAAGAGCAAGAAUGUGUGGGAGGUGUAUUGGCACUCGCUGGAUGAGUGGGGCAAUAUGGUGUAUAGCUGGGCGAGCAGCAACGGGAUGAAUAAUUCUGUGUGUACGCUGUUUGAGCUGCGGGAGGGAGAGAAUACUGUUGAUGAAGAGUUUCACGGCCUGGACAUGACGAUCCUAAUUAAAGCGCUGAAGACCCUCGAGGCCAAGGGCAAGUGUGAGCUGAUGGAAUUCGACGAUAACCAGGGAGUCAAGUUCUUCUAAAGUCUGGCUGCAACGUCCCAAGGUCAAACUAUAUUUACGAUUAAGGAUCACUGGCACCAUCCCACUAACCCAGGGUUAACCGGUUAAACCUGGAGUUACCAUGGUUACCAGUACAAUAUUUGACAUUGGGUUAACUUCUUAACGAGUUAACCGCGGGCUAGUGGGAUGGUGCAAGUGGCCCUAAGGGUCACUUGCAACAUGUCACUAACCCGAGGUUAAGCGGUUAAAUCAUUAAUUUAGUGUCAAAGUGCUGGUAACCAUGGUAACUCCAGGUUCAACCCGGGUUCCCGGGGUUAGUGGAAUGGUGCAAGAGGUGCUUAGGAGCAUUCUGCGAAAUUUUCUGCCGUUGUGCAGACAGAGAAAUUAAUUUCGUAUCCGUUUUGUACCUUGUUACAGUAACAGUAUGAGAUCUCUAGCGAAUUUCAUAUAAAUGGGUAGGAAAUUAAGUUAUUUAACUGUACAUUUGCAAGAUUUGCAGGUAUAGGAGUUUCGUUUCUGUCACAAAUCCACAAUGGAUGUGAAAAAUGCUCUGUAAAAUGUUACUGAGCAAAAAUCACGAACGUAAUAGGGUCUAUUUCGUCAGGUGACAAGCAAAGGUCACUAAGUACUAUCAAAAAAUUAAAGUAACAAUGCACUUUAUUACACUUGUAACACGGUUUAUUGUCCAAUAAUUUCAAGGGUGUUAGUUAGUGACUUUUGCUUGUCACCCGACGAUUUGUAACAAUAUGAAAAUUGCUUCUUAAAAUACGCACUUUCUUUUAAAACUUACUGAAAAGUGCGUAUUAUUAGAAGCCAUUUGCAUAUUUUUAACUAUUAUGUAAAAAAUAUAACAAAAUUUUUAUCAUGCAUUAUAGACAUGAUUUUUUUCUAUCGAGCGAAAGUCAAGAAAUCGGGUUUCGAAUCAAUGAAGUUACUAAAGGAAAGCCUCUAGAUUGCUGUUCACAUUUUAGUAACCAAAUUAUGAUCUAAAUAAGCGGUACGAUUUUUCAAAAACAAAUGCAAACGUAGGUAUGCGAGCGACCCCAGAGAACAUACCGCGAACACCGAAGUUCGCAGAUUGCGGGCAUCUUUCUAUUUUACUCCAAUUAAAGGGUA